UAAGCUUUCCUCAUCAAUCCAAAGACUGAGUUAAGGGGAAAAAAAAAAGAUCCUCAAUCAUGGCAUCCUUCAACUCUAUUAAGGUUUCAUUUUUCAUAAUCUUAUUAUGGAGUUCUUGUUCUGCUCUUUCUAAUUCAACCCCCCAAAAGUUCUACCAAUGUGUUCGCAAGAACUCAGAUUUCACUGACGCUUUCUCCACAGCUUUCGUUACCCCAAAUGAUGCUUCUUUUAUCCCCGUUUUGAAUUCCACAGCUCAAAAUCUCAGGUGUUUGUUGCCAUCAGUUCCUAAACCAGAACUUAUUUUCACUCCAACGACUGAACCCCAUGUCCAAGCUGCUGUAGUUUGUGCAAAACAGCUCAGUCUUGAGCUCAGAGUUAGGAGUGGAGGCCAUGAUUAUGAAGGCCUCUCAUACAUUUCUGAAAUGGGGUCUCCUUUUGUCCUCGUCGAUCUCUCGAAGCUUCGAGGGAUCAACGUGAACAUAGAGGAGAAUUCAGCUUGGGCUCAAGCUGGUGCAACUUUAGGUGAAGUGUACUAUAGAAUUUCAGAAAAAAGUAAGACUCUUGGAUUUCCAGCUGGACUUUGUCCUAGUUUGGGGAUUGGUGGCCAUAUCACUGGUGGUGCUUAUGGUUCCAUGAUGAGAAAAUUCGGGCUUGGGGUCGACAAUGUUGUCGAUGCACGUAUUGUUAAUGCCAAUGGCACGAUACUCGAUAGGCAAUCGAUGGGGGAAGACUUGUUUUGGGCGAUUCGCGGAGGUGGAGGAGCUAGUUUCGGGAUCUUACUAUCUUGGAAGUUAAAAUUAGUCACUGUUCCAGAAGUUGUCACUGUUUUCACUGUCCCGAAAACAUUGGAAGACGGGGCGACGAAGAUUUUGUACAAGUGGCAACAAGUUGCUGACAAAAUUGAUGAAGGUCUUUUUAUGAGAGUAGAAAUAAGUGUUGAGGACAAAAAAGAUGUAAAGGGGGAAAGGACUAUUCAAACAGCUUAUAACUCAUUGUUUCUUGGAAAUGCUGACAGGCUUUUACAAAUAAUGAAUGAAAGUUUCCCUGAAUUGGGAUUGACACAAAAAGAUUGUACACAAAUGAGUUGGAUUGAGUCCGUUUUGUACAUUGGUGGCUUUCCUACAAAAACCCCACCAGAAGUACUCCUCCAGGGGAAACCAACAUUCAGAAACUACUUCAAAGCCAAAUCAGAUUUUGUAAGAGAGCCAAUUCCAGAAACUGGACUUGAAGGCCUAUGGAAAAGGCUAUUAGAUGAAGACUCACCAUUAAUGAUAUGGACUCCAUAUGGUGGAAUGGUGGCUAAUAUAUCAGAAUCAGAAACUCCUUUCCCACACAGAAAAGGGGUCAUAUUCAUGAUUCAGUAUUUAACUCUGUGGAAUGAACCUAAUCAAGAAUUAGCUACGAAACACUUUGAUUGGAUCAGGAGGUUAUACAAUUACAUGACUCCUUAUGCCUCUAUGUUCCCAAGAGAAGCCUAUGUGAAUUAUAGAGAUCUUGAUUUAGGGAUGAACAAGAAUAAUGGGAAUAGUAAUUCCAGCUUUGUACAAGCCAGUGUAUGGGGGAACAAAUAUUUCAAGAACAAUUUUAACAGGUUGGUGCAAAUAAAGACUAAGGUGGAUCCUGAAAAUUUCUUCAAACAUGAACAAAGCAUCCCAGUUCUUCCUCUUACUAGUACUAGGAGGAGAAGAGGAAAGAGAAGUCACCAUUAAAGAGAUGUUAAGCUACAUAUUUGACCAAUAGUAACUAAGUAUCACAUAGUAUGCUUUCAGCCUCCGUGUUAUGCUUCAGCUCUAACUUGCUCGGACUCUCUAAAAUAGCUACCACACCGGUGUCGGAUCCUCUAAAAAUGUACUACUUUUGGAGGAUCCGACACGUAUUCGUUGACAUUUUUGAAGAGUCCAAGUAACAUAGCUUCAGCUUAAUGCGGUUUAAUGUAUGGUUUUGCCAAGAGCAUAUAAUAUAAGUAAUUCCAUCUGGUGUUUAA